GGCUGCCCCCUAAACUGAUGAUAUAUAAAGAGAAGUUGGUGCUUUGGUUCGUUAUUUGAAUUUGUCAAUGUUGAAUUUCUCUAGCAUAAACUUGGUGCAUGUUUGUAUACCCAGUCUUUAUGUGAAAUUAAUAUUUACUUUAGUUGUUAGUUUUUCAUGCCUUUUGCUUUAACAGAAAAUGUUUCAAACUGUAAUGGUUACCAGUGUAAAAACCAUCAGUGCAUUCCUAAGCGGUGGCAUUGUGAUGGCACUGAAGAUUGUAAGGAUGGAUCUGAUGAAGAAAACUGUAAUAAUACAAUGCUAGCAGUCAGUCUGUGUACUAAAGAACAUGGAAAGUUUCUGUGUAAACAUGGAAGUUGUAUAGAACUGAAACAAGUUUGUGAUAACAAGAAAGACUGUCUUGAUGGAGAAGAUGAAGGAGGGCACUGUGAUGUCAAUGAAUGCCACAAUUCCAAUUGUUCCAAUGAUUGCCUUAAAAUGCCAACAGGAUUUGAGUGCAUUUGUCCCCAAGGAUACCAGCUGAAAAAUGACAGAAUUAAUUGUGAAGAUGUAAAUGAAUGUGAAGACUCUGAUCACAGAAUGUGCAGUCAGUAUUGUGAGAACUCUGCUGGUAGUUACACCUGUACAUGUCAGAAAGGUUAUCUUGUGUCAAAUAAUUCAUGUGAAGUAGAAGGGCAGGAACCACUACUCAUCUUUUCAAACAGUCGAAGCAUCAGAGGCUUGUGGCUGAGAUCGCAGCAUUUUUUCCCUAUAUACAACUCCUUGUCAAGAGCUAUUGCAGUUGAUUUUGAUCCUGUAGAAGGACGUGUUUAUUGGAUUGACAUUAACAUUGAUGCUACAGGAAUUUAUUCUUGUCUAUUGGAUGGCACAGAUUUUCGUCCUAUCAUAACAAAUGGGCUGGUUGCUCCAGAAAGUGUUGCUUUUGACUGGCUAGCAAGAAAUCUCUAUAUCACGGAUACAGAUCUGAAGAAAAUAAUUGUAUGCAAAAUUGAUGGUUCAGCAUGUCAUGUGCUAAUUUCAGAAAAUUUGGACAAACCUCGUUCACUAGUUUUGAAUCCUGCCAGAGGUGUUAUGUAUUGGGCAGACUGGGGGAAAACACCAGUAAUUACUCAAAGUAACAUGGAUGGUUCUGAAAGAAUUGUACUUGUGGAUACAGAGCUGAUCUGGCCUAAUGGGCUAGCUAUAGAUUAUGCUCUAUAUCGUCUCUACUGGGCUGAUGCAAAAUUAAACAAGAUCGAGUAUUUGACAUUAGACGGAAAGGAGAGAAAAGUGAUUUUCCGAGAUGAUAUUUUUCAUCCAUUCUCUCUGGCUGUGUUUGAAGAUUGGGUUUACUGGAGUGAUUGGAUCACCUUUUCCUUGGAGUCUUGUAAUAAGUUUACAGGGAAGAAGCAACAGCUAAUAUUUCGUGAACACCAUAACCAUCUUAUGGGAAUACACAUUUACCAUCCUGUUAUGAGAGACAUUGUAUCCAAUCCAUGUUGGCCUGGAGCAUGUAGUCAUUUAUGUGUACUUGGACCAAGACACCAAUAUCGUUGUGUGUGCCCUUCAGGCUUUUUAUUACAAGUUGAUGGAAAUAUUUGUCAAAUGGACAACAGCAGUGAUUUUAUUUUGGUGUCUGAGCAUGAUAUGGUAUUCCAACUCAGAGAAGAAACUGUUGGUCAGGAUAUCUUUAAACAGUUGCCUAUUGCUCAGAUUCAGGACAUAGGAGACUUAACAUAUGAUUGGCAUCAUGCAGUUGUAUAUCUUAGUGACAUCCCUCAGAAGGUUAUUCUAGCAUUUAGCAUGUCAGACUUCAAAACCAGAUUGGUAAUAGACACUCAUCUGGAAAUGGUAGAAGGAUUGGACUUUGAUUGGUUAGGCCAAAACAUCUACUGGGUUGAUGCUGAGAAAGGAACAUUGGAGGUUGCUACCAGUAAUGGUCAGAAUAGAGCUAUUUUGGUGUCAGAACUUUCAAAACCAAUUCAUAUGGUACUUUACCCUGAGAGAGGAUUAAUGUUUGUGGCUCUGUUGGAGAAUCAUCCUGAAAUAGUGAUGUUUGACAUGGAUGGGAACAACAGACAUUCACUUGUAUUUAAAAACCUUUGGAUACCAGUGUCUCUAACAAUAAAUAGAUGGCAGAACAGUCUGGUAUGGGGAGAUUCCAAGAACAGACGUUUGUCAUCUAUAGAACUUGAAGGGAAUUAUAAACAAAAAAUUAUCAAGGAAGAAGCUGGACAUCUGUCCUCAGUGUCAGUGGGAGUAAAUGGAUUGUACUGGACAGAUGUAGACAAGCGUGAAUUAUACUUCCUGGUCUCUAAUGGUCUUCAACAAAAGGUCUCAUCAGUAAAGCUACCAGAUUCUCCAAAUCUCACUCCAACUAUGAGGAAAGUGUACUACGUUCAUUCACUUCAAUCUUCAAAAGUGACAACUAAAUCAGGAUGUGGUAAGGACAAUGGGAAAUGUAACCAGUUAUGUCUGACCAAUCCGUUGAGUUACACAUGUGGUUGCACCAAUGGGUAUAUUAUUGGAAAUGAUGGACGAACAUGUGAAGGAGAAGUUGAAGGAUGCAGGAAAGGAGAAGUUCAGUGUACUAAUAGUACACUGUGUAUACCAGAAGCAUGGAAGUGUGAUGGCAGGUUUGACUGUUCUGACCAGUCAGAUGAAAACAGUUGUGAGAAGAACUGCUCAAUUGAGAAAUUCCGAUGUGAAAAUGGCUUGUGUAUUAAGUCAUCUUGGAAAUGUGAUUCUGUAGAUGAUUGUGGCGAUGGAUCUGAUGAAAGAAACUGCAGUAAAGUUAGGACUUGUGAACCUGACCAGUUUAAUUGUGGAAAGGGUCAGUGUAUUCCUUCUGCAUGGCUUUGUGAUGCAAAAGAAGACUGUGUCCUUGGACAAGACGAGAGACUUUGCAAGUUUAACAAGUGCAGUGAAACCCACUUUAAAUGCAACACUGGACAGUGCCUACCUUCUUCCUGGAGAUGCGAUGAGGAACAUGAUUGUUCUGAUGGAUCAGAUGAGCAAAACUGUGAUUAUGACAAUGUCACCAUUUGUCCUGAUGAUCUUGUGAAGUGUAAUAAUGGUCAGUGUAUUUAUGCUCAUGAAGUCUGUGAUAGCCUAACAGACUGUCCUGAUGGGCAAGAUGAAGAAAACUGCAAUGUUAGAGAAUGCAACAUCUGGGAAUUUUACUGUACUACCAAAAAACACUGCAUUCCAGAAGCUUGGUUGUGUGAUGGGCAGGAUGACUGUGGUAGUAAGGAAGAUGAAACUCUUCCAAGAUGCUAUAACCAGCCUUCUGAAAAUGUGACAACUCCAUCCAUUACAGAACUUUCAUGUAAGCAAGAAGAGUUCACUUGCCAGUCUGGAGAGUGCAUUUCAAAGAACCUUGUUUGUGAUCUUAAACCAGAUUGUUCAGAUUACUCGGAUGAGGGCAGUCACUGUGGUUCAUCUUGUGAUACUAACAAUGGAGGAUGUGCACAUCUUUGUCAAAAUACACCAGGUGGAGCUGUAUGUUCUUGUUUUUCUGGUUAUACUCUAAUGUCAGAUUUUCGCCGAUGUGAAGAUAUUGAUGAAUGUACCAUCAGAGGGUACUGUAGUCACUCCUGUAAAAACACUAAGGGUGGGUUUGAAUGCUCUUGUAAACCUGGUUAUAUCCUGAGCUCAGAUCAUCGCUACUGUAGAGCUAUAGGUGGUGCACCGAGUUUACUCUAUCUCUUGCCUAAUGAAAUUAGAGCACUGACCCUAGGAGGCAGAUCUAAUCAUCUCAUGUUUCACAAGAAUGUGGCUGAUCUACGGGGUAUGGACUAUGACAUGGAAAACAAAUUAAUUUAUUGGUCAGAGUGGAAAGAGGGAGUUAUUGGUAGUUUCUCCCCUGUCACUGGCACGUACAGAGUUGUUGUAAAAGGUUUGCAUCAGCCAUACCUUCUGUGUUAUGACUGGAUUGGUCAAAACUUGUAUUUUAUGAACAACAAUAGUCAAAUUGGAGUGUGCACCAGUGAAGGAAAGUUUUGUACAGAAGUGCUUGAUGCCAAAGUCUUCCAUAUAAGCAGCUUCACUCUGUCACCACCAGAUGGAAUAAUGUUUUGGAGUGUCUGGAGCACUUUAGUUGGAAGUGGUAUUGGAGCAAUAUCCCAAGGAAAUAUGGAUGGAACAAGAUCUUCAGUAAUUGUAACAAGAGUAAAUUGGCCAUCAUCUGUAACUGUGGAUCAUGUACACAAACAACUCUAUUGGGCUGAUGUAAAAAUGAAUAUGAUUGAGUGUUCAUCUUUCAAUGGAGAAAAUAGACGCAAAAUUGUCCAGGAAGGUGUCCACUAUCCUUUCAGCAUAGCUUUGUUUGAAGACUUUCUUUUCUGGACAGACUGGGGCUCAGACUCCAUUCUGAGGUGUAACAAAUUUACUGGACAAUCAAAAUACUUGGUACAUCGAGGCAAUGUUAAGGCUGAAGCUAUGACUGUCAUCCAUAGUGUCAGGCAACCAGAAGAUUCUAAUCCAUGUGAUCAGUCAUUGUGCCAACACCUCUGUCUAAUCAUUCCAGGUGGUUACACAUGUCACUGUGCCUCUGGGUUUAAACUGGGUAAUGACUCGAGUUCUUGCAUUUCAAGGAUUUCAACUACAGAAGAGUCUAGUUUUACAUUCAGCACAGAAAACUACUUGCCAGAACAACCCAUUUUUAACAUCUGUACACUUUCCUACUGUUUCCAUAAUGGAGAAUGUAUCCUUAUAAACAAGGAACCAAAGUGCAGGUGUCCAGUACUGUUUCAUGGUCCUCGUUGUGAGCACAGAAUGCUAUCUGUAGAAGGAGAAAACAAAGAUUACAGCUGGGUAGCAGGAAUUGUUCUAGGAUUCUUCUUUAUUGUAUUUGUUCUUGCUCUAAUAGCUCUGUGUCACAGACAGAAGAAACAAUUAAGAACUUUUGGACAAAGUCUGGCUGUUCGUUUUAAAACCCCAAUGUUUAGGCAGCAGCUGGUACUUGAUGGUGAAAGUGAUGGAGAUGAUGAGUAUAUGAUGGGGAAACAAGGUGCUUAUAGAGGCUCGGUAUGUUCUGGUAAUAAAGGAUUUGAUCAGGUUCAUUCAUUGGAACGAGUUCUUUCCUCAAACAGUGAAGAAUUUGGUCGUUGGCCAUCUACUGAGAAUGAAGAUUCUGCAUUUAGCAGUGAAUGUCAGCGGAGAGAGAGAUUUGUGUAGACCAGACACCCCAGGGGAUAGGGCUUGGAAAGGAGCUAGACUAAUUUUCUACAAGAAACUCGGAUAUACAUUUUAACUCUUACCUGAUUAUUAUUUUUUUUUGAAUAACUUUGUUUCUGAAUUUAUGAUUAUAUAGAAAUGU